CUCCCUACGACUGGAGGCCAUCCCGACGAAGUGGGGGGCGGACACCUUUGGCCCGCUCGGACCACCCACAGCAGCCGCGACCACACCUGUCAGCUGCAGCUUCGGACCGUGUGAACCCAUCCACGCGCCUGGGGUGCUGACGCUAAGCAAGUUCGCGCAGCUGACUAAGUCAGAGCGCAUGGAUGCCCUGCGCAGGUACCGUGAGAGCCCGGGAGCGCUGCAGUACGUGUCCUCGCAGCACUUUGCGGUGGGGAAGGGACAGCGCCUGGUGCGGCCCAAGCUCUCAUUGGUCGACAGCGGCAGCGACGUGUGCCUGAUAGCACAGCACGUGGCCGACAGCGACUGUCGUGCUGCCCACUGUCAACAAGGAGGAACCGGACGCCCCUGACGCUCAGGCGCGCCUCUGUGAGCUUGCCUCCGCCGUCCGUGCAACGUCGCAGCGGACACCCUCGGUCCUCAUGACCCGCGCCGCCCAAGGGGACGCGACGGAGGAAGAGGAGCUGGACUAUGACGAUGAGCCGAUGGAUGAGCAGGGGGGAGAGGCCGAGGACGAGGAUCUAGAACUGCUGUUGGCAGAACCCGCAGCUGACCCCGCAGCCGACCCUGCUGCUGCCGGCCCCUCCCAGCCCAGCCGGCCAGCAGUGCCCUCGCCCCCACCAGCUGUACGGACGCCUGCCGCCAACGCGGGCGCCGCCACCUCAGGAGGCAACCGGCGGCAGGGCCCCCAGCAGGAGCCCGCCCAACAGCGUCAGGACGCCCUGGACCUUAGCCACAUCCAGGACGCCAAGCGCCGAGCCCUCCUGCAACAGAAUGCGGGCCCCAUGUUAGCGGCUCACAAGGCUGACCACCGGGAGGGGUUCCUGAGGAGAGGCAGGGUCCUGUACCCCGACAUGCCGAAGGGCACGGGCCCUUGCCAACACCCGGGGUGCCGCCAGCGACAGCACCACAGCACGGAGAACUGCUACCUCAGGCACCUGCAGCGUGAGAUCAGCGGAACCCCCAGCUCGCCGCCCCAUGAGGACGACCGCGACCGCUCCCGAGAACGCUCACGUGAGCGCCAGCGGCGCAGCUCCAGGGAGCGCUCACGUGAACGUCAACGACGCAGCUCUCGAGAGCGCAGACCGCCGACGCCGCCACCGAGGUACAGGGACCGCUCGCCCCCGCGAGAGUGCCAGCAGCAUGCGCGGGGUCACCCCUGGGGGCAGGCGCCGCCCGGAAGGGGUCCCCCAGUGCUCACGCAGGCAGCAGGAUCGGCAAGUGUCUUCGGGCGCCUGCAAGCGUACCAGCACGGCACCCAGCAACGGACGCUGCUCAGCUUUGCCCAGGACCUCUCUGCCGCGCCCGUCAUCACCGUGGGGUCCAAGCCCUCUAUGGACAGGGAGCUGGAACGUCGCACGCCCCCACAUGUGGCCUUCGACACGGGCUGCAGCUUCCUUGGAGCCGUGGAUCACGCCUGGGUGGAGCACGCCCGGGUGCCGUUCGUACGGGAGCCCAUGCCUGUGCAGGUGGCAGGCAGCUCGACCUACGCAGUAGGCUACGUACCCAACGGCGCCAUCAGCCUCUUCGAUGGGCGCCGCCCCCACGACUUCUAUGGGGACCUGCUGGUGUUCUCGAAUCUGCCAGCCGCGGUCGUGAUAGGGCGGGCGUUCCUGGACGCUACCAACGGCCGCAUCACGUGUGGGCCCCACGCGUUAGUCGAACUGCUCCCACCGGGCGCCAACCAGUGGGUGACGCGCCCGCUGCACUCGUACGAGGCAACUCGACCCACGCUCAUGCUGAUGGAGACGCCGCAACCCUCCGUCAGCCCCAGCCAGCGCAGAGCAACCCCAGCGAGGAGCACUGACCCUUGGGUCACCUCACUGGCCGUCACCCCGCAGCACUUGGCGGCCCAGCAGUGGGCCGCCGACAUCCCGCUGCCACCGGAUGCCGGUGAGGGGCUGGAUGCUGGGGAGGAGGACGACGACCCGCCCGGCAUGGCAGAUGAGAUUGAGGCCCUCCGGCAGCACCAGGAGCCGUGGGACUCACUUGCGUGGAAGCGCAGCUGGGAACGGACCCUUGCGCGCCGCCUGAAGCGGCGGCACCUCAAGAAGCUGCGGAAGGAGAAGCUGCGGCAGAGCGCAGCCAAGGAGGCUGCGGCUGCGCAGGCUGCACGGCUGCGGAAGGAGGCAGUCAGCUCCUACAAAAAGAAGCUGCGUGCGCUCAGGGCAGGCCUCCCGCUGUCGCAGGAGCGACAGGAGGAGCAGAGAGACGAGACCGGAGGCUACUACUGGUGCAACCGUCCGGACAUAACCCCGCAGCAACGACAGCAGCUGCAGGAGCUGGUCCGGGCCAAUGAUCAGGUGUUUGCCCGCUCCCUGAAGGAGCUGGGCUGCUACAACGAAGAACACAUUCAGCAUGUACGGCUGGUGCUGGAGAUGCUGAAGCGCAUUAACGUGCGGCUGCACCCGGACAAGACCGUCUUCGCAGCGGAUUCGGUGGAGUUCCUUGGCCACAUGGCAGAGGAGGCGCGCCAAGGCCGCUGAGGCGCUCCAGGGGCGCGUCUUGAGGAGGUCAGUCAAGGAUCCGAAGACGCUCUGCCUGAGGGAGGAGAUAGGCGUGAUCAACGGGGAGGAGGUCCAGGAGGACUACGCUGGAGUGAUGGUGGAGUACGGGGGAGGAGCUUUUGAGCGAAUGAACGUCAGUGUGGCGCAGCAGCUGCUUCUGGACGAGGAGUCAGCCUGGGGCGCAGCCCGCACCCUCCGUACUGUGGCAACUACCCGUGCUGCACGGCUCCCGGAUAGCUGGGACUUAACUUCGCGUGAGGGGCUGAGUGCGGCGAUGGGGGAGCUCAUGCCGGGGGCUUACAGUGAUCGCCACCUGGGCAGGUUGGUUAACCGUGUGCCAGGGGGCAAGCAGUUUCAGUAUGAGUGUGUACCCACGGGGAUUGAGGAGGUGAGGCCUUUGCUGGAGAGCAUUCGUUUUGAUGAGUGUGCGGGCAUCUUCGACCCGUGGUGUGGAACAGGUGGGGUCGCCAGGGCGUUUCGCGAGGCGGGACACUCGGUCUUUGGCAAUGACGCCAACCCUGCUUGCGUUGCUCACAUGCACCGUGACGCGUUGCAGCCUGGCACGUACCGUGAGGCUAUGAAGGUCUAUUCCUACGAGGCCAUUGUUGCGUCUCCUUGGUUUGCGGUGCUUGAUGUUGCACUGCCGUUGGCUACCCGUUUUGCACCUGUCGUUGCGUUUCACGUGCCGGGGCACUACGUGACGGAUGCUACGGCGGCUCGGACCAAGUACCUGGCGAAGCUGCAGGAGGAAGGACGGCUUGCGUUGUUGCUGGGACUGCCAAGAGGGCCGAUGGGGAGGCGGUGUGUGUGGGUCUGCGUGUUUGCCACUCGCGAGUGGCGGGAGAGGAUGUUGAAACCGGUUGUAGGACGAAAUGAGGUCUGGUUGCUGAAGUGAAGUAGGCGCGUGUUGAAGGGGAUGCAGAGGUUGCUGUGCUACUUUGCUGUCAGUUCUGGUGCGCUGUGUUUGUGUGUUGCUUGUGGCCGCUGUAGACAGCUUCCGACCUCCGGGCUCUCAGCUGGGGGGGGAGUUGUACUGUCGGGCCUCCGUCGCAACAGCACGUGAUACGUCAUGACAGCUGUCAUGACACAGCGCGUGCUUGUCAUAUCGUGUGGCUUAGAGUUGCCGUACGUGCUCGUCCAACCGUGUCUCGCGUAUGCGAUUUGUGGUCUAUCUAGAGGAUGUGAUGAUAGUGCCAUUGCUUGAGUAAACGCUGGAAGUUGCGUGACUAGUGUGAGCGCUUGGCCAUGGACAUGAUGUCAUGCUUGCUGUGCGACUUGUCAUUAGAAGAGACGCUAUUUACCGCGAUGUUUACAUCUUGCUAUUGUCUGUUGAUUUGUCUAUGAUAUCCUGACUACAGGGAAGGUAGGAUAUUUACGUGAGCUUUGCCGUACCGUAUCGGCAUGCUGGCAAGGGUGCGGAGACUCUCGGUGGAGUCACCUUUGCCAGCGCAGCUAGCGGAGAAGACUGAACUUCUUGCGUGUCUUUUGGCCGCCUAAAAGCGCCACUGAUAUCGCUGUGCGUGUAAAAGGACAUUACAACCAAUUGGCAUCCACUCUCUAGUGUUUCCUCUCUACCCUCGCGCGGGAGCCUGGACAAGCACCCAGGACUACUCCCGUACUCCCAAC